UUCCUCCUAUGACUCACUCACUUGCACAACAAACACCACCUGUCAUUAUCACAUUAUUUCACUCUAAGGUAGCAGCAGCAGCGGCGGCAAAGAGCAUUUAUAAGAAGAGACGAUGCAAUGGUGAGCGCUGGAUCUGUGCAGACAGUGUGUACAGUGAACUCUGAUCGGGAGCACACGUUCCUGAAGUUAUCCUGAGACUCUGAAGAGCAGAAAAGAUGGUUGAUCUCACAGCUGAUGUGGUGCUCUCGCCUGUGGAGACCAGCCUGUACAACAACGUCCAGGCUCUUCUCAAAGAGAUGAGGAGCCAGAGUUCUUCACAGAAAGGAGUGCACAGAUGGAGCCUUCAGAAGAAGCUGGAGGACGAUCCGUCCUGCAGCGUCUCACUGAUCAGAGUUCUGGUCAAAGAGCUGGACAAGAAGCUGAAGAGAGUCAGCAAGAUUCACAAACCACAAUCCUACACGCAUGUCAUUCCGAUGCUUCACACUCUCUACUAUGCAGUUAUUCAGUCAGGUGUGAUGAUUCCCAGCAGCCUCUACCAGACAGUGUACGAGUGUUUGAUGAAGCUGCUGAUAUUACCAUCGCCUUACUCUGCUGUGGCCCUGCGCACGCUGAGGAGCAUCAAGAUGGAAAUGAACACACCAGGCUCCUUGUAUCAGAAGAGAGUCACUGCAGAGCAGAACCUGAACAACGAUCAUUUCACCUGGCAGGAAAAGGUGUUUGUGCUCGCUGACCCAGCUGUGUUUUCGGCUCCACUGGAGGCAGCAGUGAGAAAACACUUGGAGGCGUCAAACUUUCUCAGGGACACGACAACCAUGGAGAUCAGUGUGGUGCUGCGUGUGCUGCAGGCCGGGCUGGGGACGAGCUGCCACAGCUCCAGACUGGCUCAGGCUCUGGAGGCUUUAGAGAAACAUACAGUAGAGAAAUAUUUCCAGGAAGUGGUCUCAGCUGUGGAGAAGAGUAUGAAGCACGGUGCAGGUGGUCGUACAAUCUAUCUGAACAAACUAAGAAACAUAUACGGAGACAUCCUGACUGCCUCUAAAGGAAGAACAACGCUGGAUCAUGGUUCUGUGUGCAGCAAUGCAAUGCCCUAUCCAGAGAUCAACUUCCUGUUAUGGAGUGAUGAGGAUGAUCUAUGGGACCUGCUGGCAGACUUCGCCCAGUGCUUCCACUCUGACUCAGCCAGUGUUGAUGAAGAUGAGAAGGGCAAAAGAGACAGCGGGAUAGAGAGAGAUAUAAAGGAGAGCGACCCCGACGACACACUGCGGUCUUUGGCCACAAAGCCCGGGUCAGUAAUCAAACGGAGAAAUGCCUUUAAGUCCAUGAAGCCAGCAGAUAGACUGAGCCUUAUGCAGGAGAAGAUAGAUGUGUUUCCUGGAAGCUCUGCUGUCGUAAAAGAAGACAGGAGGCGUCACACGGCACGUGUGGUGGUGAUGGGCGAUGACCGUGUGCUGGGACGACUCGCCAGGACUUAUCACUCAAUUCGAGAACGAGAGUCAAAACGCCUUCUCCUGACGAGGAAACUGAAGCUACAGUUGUACUACGUCCCGUUCUCUAAUGUGGAGUCGUUGCUCAGUUUACCUGUGAGUCACGCUGAGUCGCUCAAAGCGACACAGACAGACUGGUAUUUUGUUGAAGACUCACAGGACAGCCCGUGUCAGAAUGGAUGCAGAUUGUCUCUGGCCUCCACGCUGGGAAGAGUGGAUCCAUGGUACAACAGCAACAUCAACAGUCUGGGAGCUACAAUCUCCAAACUGGCUGAAAUGCACUCUGAUCACAGCGAGCCACCAGAGCAAAGCCUCCCUCUGCUGGACACUCUGUGUUACUACCUCCGCUGUGGGAUGCAGCCCGUUAACCUGCCGCUCUAUUCUGUGAAGAUGACGCGCUCCAGCUGUGGCGUGAGUUCGGUGGUGGAGGACGUGUUUGUGUCUCACCUGGACGCAGACAUCCCUGAGUUCAGACACCUGAAAGAGAAGUUCACAAAGGAGCCCUCUGCACGCCGAAAGAAGUCGACAGUGGAACUCUUUGGCGCAGUCAUGUCAGUCAGUUAUUCAAAGAUGUCUUUGAGCAAAAGAAAAGUCAAAAUGGGAGAGGCGCCCAUGACAUGUGGCGUGAUGAUUACAUCAGAGCCAGCAGCUUUAACAUCAGGCGAGGAUCACCUCACUGUCAGGUUUGACAGUCUGAACCCAGGAUACAACACAACGAUCCAAACCCAGAACAUCAGCAUCAGGACGAUGGAGCAUCGAAUGCUCUACGUGUGUCUGGACAAGGACUCCCGCAGGACCUACACUGAUGUUCACAGGAUUGAGAUUUCUCCGUGCUUGGAUCCAGGCUGCAGCAUCCGGUCCAGGUUCAGUGUCAGUCAGGAGCGAGAGCCGCUGAUCAGCAAGUAUCUGGACAAAGUGCUGUCGCUGCCCAUCAACACCUUCACUGGAGUGACGGCCUGAGAGACGUGAGCCGUCCACGCCAUGUGUACAGAUGAUGCUGCAUCAACACCAGAUGAUGUGUCACAAACCAGUGUGUAUAAAUGUUAUAAAUGACACAGAGGGUUAAAAUAAAGUAUUAACAACAUUUUUUCUAUUAUAUAUAACAAUAUGCUUUUGUUAUUAAAAUACUUUAACAUGGUAACUAUUUUUAAUAUAAGAACAACACACAUGCCUAACUGCUGUAUGAAUUUGCUGAGCUGGUCAGAGACACAUUUACCAUCACAAGUUCUCUGUUUGCAGCGAGGGAACAAAUGAAUAUGUAACAUGACCUCAUGUGUGUUGAAUUUGGAAAUUUUGUUAAUAAA